AUGAACCAACAUUCGGCUCAAGAAAAAGCAAAAGCCUUAAUCAGCGCUCUUGAAGAGUAUGGUCAAGGUGACUACAUUGGAGAGUCGAUCAGCCAGCUAGAGCACUGUUUGCAGGCAGCCCAUCAGGCCCAAAAAGCGGGCGCUCGUGAUGAGCUGGUAAUUGCCGCUUUGUUGCACGAUAUUGGUCAAAUCAUUCCUCUCGAGUCCACCAAAGAGGCACGUAUGACACUUCGCCAAAGUACGGAGAAUGUCGGCCGUGUUGGUCACGAGGCUAUCGGGGCAUCCUACCUCGAAUCUCUUGGGUUCAGCGAGGUUGUCUGUCGCUUAGUGGAUAGUCAUGUUGCAGCCAAGCGGUACCUUACGGCGAUCAAUCGUGAUUAUUACGAAUCCCUCUCAUCUGCUUCGCAAAAGUCGCUAGCAUUUCAAGGAGGGCCCUUCCAAGGUGUAGAUCUCGAGGUAUUCCAGCAGGAUCCCCUUCGAGAUGAGAUGGUGUCGCUCCGACUAUGGGAUGAUGCCGCUAAAAUAGAGGGAAUUGAGACCUCCACGCCCCGUGCUUGGGCCUAUAUGAACAUAAUCAUUGCACAUUUACUCCACAAGGCUUGA